AUCUAUGUUUGUAUUAAAUAUGAAGCGGGUUAAAACCCUGAGGUCUUAGACUGAAAUAGUCACAGAAAUUAAACCCUUGAACUAAUUUUGACUUGACCCAAUAACAACACCAGAAAUGAGUGAGUUUCUACUUCUAAUAAUCUUUAUGAGAGAGUCAGAUAAUUAGAUGAAUCAAGAAAAUAAAAAAGAAAAAAAGAGAUGGAAAAGUUGAACAGAAGCUUACGUCGAGAUGGUGUUGUAUUGGCUGUGGCUUCCUUGUUCGUGAUAUCUGCCAUUGUUGUAUCAAAGGGAUCUUACAAAAACAUGUCAUGGUUUAAUAUCUCCCCAACUACUCCAUUGCCAUGGAUUCAUGAUACAACUCCUACUUACAUGGUACUCUACUUAUUCAGAAUCAAAGAAAGGUGAAGGGAUUACAAAAUUUUGGAAUAAACAGAGAAAAGAACAGAGAUGAAAAGUUGGAGAUGGUUGAAGGUGAUCUUGCUACAGCCAGAGCAUUAAUAAGGGAAGCAAAUUCAAAGAAAUUUCUUAACCAAACUUAUUCACCUCUUCAAGAUUCAGAUUAUAUUCCUCUAGGACACAUUUACAGGAAUCCUCAUGCCUUCCACUGGAGUUACCUUCUGAUGGAGAAAUUGUUUAAGAUAUUCGUGUAUGAAGAAGGAGAGCCUCCAAUUUUUCACAAUGGGCCUUGCAAGAGCAUAUACUCCACGGAAGGAAUUUUCCUUAGUUUGAUGGAGAGUGAUACUUAUUUCAGAACUUGGGAUCCUGAUAAAGCCCAUGUGUAUUUCCUACCCUUCAGCGUGGCCAUGAUUGUGGAAUACCUAUUUGAUCCCAUUGUACGUGACAAAGCUGUCCUUCAACGCACUGUCGCUGAUUAUGUUCACACUAUUUCUCACAAGUACCCUUAUUGGAAUAGAAGUCUUGGAGCUGACCAUUUCAUGCUUUCCUGCCAUGAUUGGGGGCCAAGAGCAACUUGGUAUGUUCCACAGCUAUACUACAAUGCAAUCCGAGUGCUUUGCAAUGCCAAUAUCUCCGAGCAUUUCGACCCCAAAAAAGAUGCAUCACUCCCUGAAAUCAACCUCAAAACAGGAGAAAUCACAGGCCUCAUGGAUGGCCUCCCCCUCUCGGACCGCAAAAUCCUUGGAUUCUUCGCAGGUCGACGCCAUGGCCGAAUAAGACCAGCGCUGCUGCAACAUUGGAAAGACAAAGAUGAAGAAUUGCAAGUGUACGAGUCUCUCCCUCAAGGCAUUUCUUACGAGGAGAAGUUGAGAAAGAGCAGGUACUGCAUAUGCCCCAGCGGCCACGAGGUGGCGAGUCCGAGAAUAGUGGAGGCAAUCUAUGCGGAGUGUGUCCCUGUGCUGAUCUCGCAGCGUUAUGUGCUGCCUUUCAGUGAUGUUUUGAAUUGGGAGGCGUUCUCCGUUCAAGUGUCAGUGAGUGAAAUACCGGAGCUGAAGAAGAUCUUGUUGGGAAUCUCUGAGGAGAGGUAUUUGAGAUUGCGAGAGGGAGUGAGGAUGGUACAAAAACAUUUCGUGGUGAAUGAUCCUCCUAAGAAAUACGACAUGUUUCAUAUGAUUCUUCAUUCUAUUUGGCUUAGGAGGUUGAAUGUUAGGAUUAAUACCCUCCUUGAUGAUUGACCACAAUUCUAAUAGUACAUUCAUCUUUACAUUAUAGAUCUUUCAUCUUUACAUUAUA